AUGUCCUUCAUUGUCCCUACCAUUUCCAAGAGUGCUGCAUUGCGCACUUCGGGCACCACUGCUGCUGUCGCCCUUAAGGCUCAUUACUCGACCGGCUCGCGUAUCAAGGUCGCUAACCCCGUGGUUGACUUGGAUGGUGAUGAAAUGACCCGUAUCAUUUGGCAAGAUAUCAAGGAAAAGCUCAUUCUCCCCAACGUCGAUGUCGAUAUCAAAUACUAUGACCUUGGCAUGAAGCAUCGUGAUGAUACCGAUGAUCAAGUCACCAUCGAUGCUGCCGAAGCCAUCAAAAAGUACAAUGUUGGUAUCAAGUGUGCUACUAUUACUCCUGAUGAAGCUCGCGUCGAAGAAUUUGGAUUGAAGAAGAUGUGGCGCUCACCUAAUGGCACUAUCCGUAACAUCUUGAAUGGUACUGUGUUCCGUGAACCCAUCUUGAUGAAGAAUAUUCCUCGUAUUGUGCCUGGUUGGAAGGAACCUAUUAUCAUUGGUCGUCAUGCUUUUGGUGAUCAGUACCGUGCUACUGAUUUUGUUGCUGACAAGGCGGGCAAAUUUGAAAUGUCCUUUACUCCUGCUGAUGGUAGUGCUCCUCAAAAGUGGACUGUGUUUGAUUUCCCCGAGAAUGGUGGUGUCGGCAUGGCCAUGUACAACACCGAUGACUCUAUCACUGGCUUUGCUCACAGCUGUUUCCAAAUGGCUCUUUCCAAGAAGAUGCCUCUUUAUCUCAGCACCAAGAACACCAUUUUGAAAAAGUACGAUGGUCGUUUCAAGGACAUCUUCCAAGAGAUCUACGAGAAGGAUUAUCGCAAGGAAUUCGAGGGCCAAAACUUGUGGUACGAGCACCGUUUGAUCGACGACAUGGUUGCACAAGCAUUGAAAUCCAAGGGUGGUUUUGUCUGGGCCUGCAAGAACUAUGAUGGUGAUGUGCAAUCCGAUAUCCUUGCUCAGGGUUAUGGUUCCCUUGGUCUCAUGACCUCGGUUCUUGUCACCCCUGAUGGAAAGACCUUGGAAGCUGAAGCUGCUCAUGGUACCGUCACUCGUCAUUAUCGUGAACAUCAAAAGGGUAACCCCACCUCGACCAAUCCCAUUGCUUCCAUCUUUGCUUGGUCGCGUGGUUUGUCUCACCGUGCUCGUCUCGAUAACAACGAACAACUUGCAGCUUUCAGCCGUAACUUGGAGCAAGCAUGUGUCGGCACUGUAGAAAACAACAACAUUAUGACCAAGGAUUUGGCUCUUGCCAUCCAUGGCAAGGACAUGCGCCCUGAACACUAUGUUACCACCGCCGAAUUCAUGCAGGCUGUUACUGAUAGCCUUAACAAGAUCCGAGGCAGUGCCUAA